GAUGAUUUCGUGUUUAUGUGGGCAAACGUUGCACCACGUUUUCACCAGGAAAUGGCACCAUAUCCUUAUGAAAUGACUCCAUCAAAUAUGAUUUCUGACAUUUUGUCUUGAUGAUUUCAGUGAAGGGCUAAUAUGGACACUAAUCGAUUUAUCCAAAGGACUUGCAAAUAGUCGCAGUGUCUCCUUAAGUUGUCCCAUGUUACCACAGCUUCCUGAGAUGGCCUCAACAAGGAAGAGCGCACUAUAAACACAAUUCUUGCUUCGAAACUCAUUGAACCAACUCUGGUCACUUCACUGUUAAUGUAGUUCAGCUCACAGAGGUAAGAGAGAGAGAGAGGGAGAGAGAGAGGGAAAGAGCUUUGAAACCUUCAACUGGAAUGUCCCAGAGGGUUUUUUAGCCCGUACUGGUUUCUCAAUCCCUGGUAAUUGGGAUCAAGGGUUGUGCUGAGGGGUUCCAGUCAGCAGAGAGGGGAGCUAUAGUCGCCCGGAGCCUCCAAAGCUCCUCACACAUCACGCUCUUGGAGAUGUCGACUACUGCCACAGAGAGAGGAGAUGGGGCCUCCCACAGCAGCUCUGGCCCCAAAGACCAUAAAAAGCCCACAGCCGCUGCCCUGAAAGGAGCCAUCCAGCUGGGUAUCGGGUACGCCGUGGGCAACCUGACCUCCAAGCCGGACCGAGACGUGCUCAUGCAGGACUUCUACAUGGUGGAGAGCGUCUUCCUGCCCAGUGAGGGCAGCAACCUCACCCCCGCCCACCACUUCCCUGACUUCCGACUGAAGACCUACGCCCCCCUGGCCUUCCGCUACUUCAGAGAGCUGUUUGGAAUCAAAGCAGACGACUACCUGUACUCCAUAUGCAACGAGCCUCUGAUCGAGCUGUCCAAUCCCGGGGCUAGUAGCUCCUGGUUCUAUCUCACCAGCGACGACGAGUUCAUCAUCAAGACAGUGCAGCAUAAAGAGGCGGAGUUUCUGCAGAAGCUCCUCCCAGGGUACUACAUGAACCUGAACCAGAACCCUCGGACCCUGCUACCGAAGUUCUACGGCUUGUACUGCAUCCAAAGUGCCGGCGUCAACAUCCGCGUGGUGGUCAUGAACAACGUGUUGCCGCGAGAGAUGAAGAUGCACUACAAGUACGACCUAAAAGGCUCGACUUGCAAGCGACGGGCCUCGCGCAAGGAACGCACCAAGUCCUCCCCCACCUUCAAAGACUUGGACUUCCAGGAGAUGCACGAGGGGCUGCACUUUGACGGCGAUACUUACAACGCCUUAAUGAAGACACUGCAGAGGGACUGCCGGGUCUUGGAGAGCUUCAAGAUCAUGGACUACAGUCUCCUUCUGGGGGUGCACGUUCUGGACAAGAAGAUCCGUGACCGAGGGAGCCGGGCGGACAGCAGGCGCCUGGGGGGGCAGAAGGUCCUGUACUCCACGGCCCUGGAGUCCAUCCAGGGGAACGUCAAGGCUCCGGAGCCUGCGGCUGAUGAUGACACAAUGGGUGGAAUCCCUGCUAAGCACAAAGAUGAGAAGUUACUCAUCUUUUUAGGCAUCAUUGACAUCCUGCAGUCCUACAGGUUCAUCAAGAAGGUGGAGCACUCCUGGAAGUCCCUUGUACACGAUGGGGACACUGUGUCAGUCCAUAGGCCCAAUUUCUAUGCGGACAGAUUCCUGAAUUUCAUGGGAACCACUGUCUUCAAGAAACUGCCUCCUCUGAGAGGAGCCUCCUCUAGGAGGAAGAGGAGUUCUCUCCACCCACUGCGCUCCGCCUCCCAGGAAGUUCUGUCCCCGCAUAAGGAGGAGCGGACGGAGGAGAAGAAGGCCCAGAGCAUGGAGAGUCUGGACGGACAAUAUUUGAGCAGCUCUAUUCAGCCGGACCUGGUUCCCUCUCCUAGAGGAUUGAGCCUGGCUGUGUCCUUCUGCACAAUCAGCUCCAGCAAGGAAGACCUGCUGGAGGAUCCUGACAACAGUGACGACCGCAGGGCCUCGAGCGCCACUGUUGCCCUGGACGACACAGACCCCGCCCCCCCCAGCCAAGGAAGCACCCCGGACUCUGUCCUGGACGUCUACCUGGUGGGUAUCUCUCAACAGUAUGGGCAGACGUGAGGAGUACAUCAUCUGUACCACCUCUACCAGCGCCCGUAAAUGACCUUCAACCUAUCACGCAUGAACUGCACAAGAAACGCCAUUAUUGAAACAAUGGCAAUUUAAACACAUCCUGCACUAUGGGGAAGCAUUCUUCUGCUACCGUCCACUUUGCUGCUAAUCUUCACAUGGGGAUAGUCCUCAGGUUUAUUCUGUUGCAAUCACACUUAUUCAGAGAGGAACGUUCUCUUCAUAGUUAAGAAACUGCAUGUUGUUGAUUUUUUUUAAUCAAGUGACACCCAUGUUUAAAUCUCAGAGGGCUGGAUCCCUGAAAGAUUAAAUCGAUGCAUUUCAUUUCAUCAAGUGUGAAACAUAAUAUAAAAACGUUUGUUUUGGUUUACAUUCAGGUUGAUAAUCUUUUUGUAUAGAUACAUAUAUUUCCUUUUUCUUUUUUAGAUACGUUUCUGUUUUUCCUUCAGUAAAUAUCGUAUAUAUCAUUAUGUAGUCUUGUGUUUAAUUCAAACGUCAAAUUUUUUCAUUUUUCUUGCUGUGGAAUUUCACCAUAUCAGUAACUUUCUUAGAGAGACGGAAAUGAUGAAGAUUUCUACUGCCUAAAUUGAAGAAGUGUGUUAUUUCACAAGUUCAAGCUUUUUAGUUGGAAAAUGAUGCAAUCAAUUGGUUUAAGAUUGUAAAGGUUUGUUGCACAAAAUAUUACAGUUGACUUCCUUCUGGAAUCACCAUUUGCCUUGUAAUUUGAUUUAUUUAAUGAAAUAACUCAUAAAAAUACGUUAUUGAUAUAACUCCGUAUGUAAAUUGUAUUUAAAUGUUGUAGCCUAUUUAAAAAAUAAAUUAAUUGUAUGUGUUGAAUAAAAUGAAUA